AUGCCUUCUGGCCUUCCCACUGCCCCCGAUACUGAGAUCGGCUUCCAGCCACCUCCUCCCCCCAAGGGCCCCCUCCACAAUAUCCGCAAAGGUCUUGUGGGCCUCAUCCCCUUGCCUGAACUUGGCGAGAAACCAGUCACCUACAAUCCCGUCAUCAUCGUCCUCACGGGCUAUCUUGAGGCCAUCAUGCCUGGUGCUCUAGAUGAAGCAGUCCACUUGGCAUACCAGCAGAUUCCUCAGUUCAUGGACAAGCUGCAUAUCAGCGAUGCCCGAUCCUUCCUAGACUUUGCCAACGAUCUCCUCAAAUGGGUUCCUCAUGAGAACUAUGAGGGAAAAGAUAUCUACGAUAUUCUCUGCAUGUUCUACUUCAUCAUCGACCAACCUCCUCUGGCGGACUUGCAGACUUCCAUCUCGCCUGAUCAGGUCGGUCAGCCACUCACCUGGCUCUCCUCAUGGAUAGUCGUAUAUGCUCAGCUUAUUGGACUGUUCAUGGACUCGCCUGCCUCACUCACGAAAGAGUCUCUUGAGAGUUUCAGUCAAAAGAACUCUCCCAAGUACAACUACGACGAAGCUCUGGUUCCUGAGGGCGGUUUCCGUACCUUUAACCAGUUCUUCUCUCGCCAUCUUAAGCCUGGCAUGCGACCUAUCACAGAGCCAGAGAACGACCGUGUUAUUGUGUACCCAGCCGACUGCACGUAUGACAAUUCGGUUGCCAACCAGAAUAUUGUCAACAUUGAGUCUGACGGAGUGGUCAUGAUCAAGAAUCUCCCCUGGACCAUCUCGUCUCUUCUUCAGGGAAGUGAAUACGCAGAUGAGUUCCAUGGUGGUGUGUGGAUGCACGCCUUCCUCAACACCUUCAAUUAUCACCGUCAGCAUGCUCCUGUCGCUGGCGAGGUCCUUGAAGCAAAGAACAUUCAAGGUGCUGCGUACAUGGAAGUCAACUCCAAGUGUGAGCCCAUGCGUGUCAUGUGCGGUCCAGACGCUCCUGAUACACCUGGAUAUCAAUUCUUGCAGACCCGGGGCAUGAUCAUCAUCGACAACCCCGUUCUGGGCAAGGUUGCUGUUCUUCCCAUUGGUAUGGCACAGGUAUCAUCCGUUAAGAUAACAGUUCAGAAGGGUGAUAGACUGCAGAAGGGACAAGAGAUUUCGUACUUCCAGUUUGGAGGAUCGGAUGUCAUUUGUGUGUUCCAGCCUAAGGCGGGGCUCAGAGUUGAGGAUUUCGUUGCUUCAUCCAACAACACGUACUCCAAGUAUGGUACUAUCUUGGCAAGAGCUCCUCAAAAGUAA